AUGAAUUCUACUGUCAUGUCAAAUUUGGCUGAUAUGCCAUCGGAAUGGUUUCGUAUAUUUCUUAUUAUUUUAUUCAUAAUUAUUGUUCUUAUUGGUUUAAUUGGUAAUACACUUGUUUUAUUAUCUGUUUCAACACAUCAUAUUAAAAUUCGUCGUUCAUCAACAAAUCUUCUUCUUGUUAAUAUGUCAUGUGCUGAUCUAAUUAUUCUUAGUUUUAAUAUGCUUGAUAUAAUUCAAUUUUCAUAUGAUCAUUCAUGGCCAACAGCUUGGUACUUAGGUUUAUUUUUAUGUAAAAUGUGUCGUUAUUUUCAAGUACUUGGUUGUUAUGUUAGUGUACAAACAUUACUUGCAAUUAGUAUCGAAAGAUAUAUUUCAAUAAUUCAUCCAGUUAAAAUUUCUCAUGUUAAUCGACGUAAACGUCUUUUAUUUGUUUUUAUUUUAAUAUGGUCUAUAGGAAUAAUAAUGGCAUCACCAAAUCUAUUUCUACUUACAUUACAUACACAUAUUAAUCGUCCGGAAUAUUAUGUAUGUGGUUUAUCCGAUCAUUUGACAUAUUCAUCUAUUAUCUUAUUUUAUAAAUAUAUUGAAUCAAUACUUUUCUUUUAUAUACCAAUUUCUGUACAAACAGUACUUUAUAUUAUUAUUUGUCGUAAUAUAUUCAUGGUUGAACGUGCUGUACAAGCAAAUUAUCGUAGUGAACAAUUACAACAAUCUACAGCUAGUGAUUCUCAUCGGCCCUUUUCAGGAACAAAAAUGAGUUCAUUAGUUCAAACUCCAAUCAAUGAAAAUAAUAAUAAUAAUAAUAUGAGUUUAAUGCCAAUGAUAACACCGCGUAUUCCAACACAUAUAACAAUAUCAAAUUCAACACAAAAAAAUGGUGAUACAGCACGUAAACAUGCUAUUAUUAUGCUUUUACUUGUUGCUAUACUAUAUUUUAUUGCAUUUUCACCGGCACAAAUUAAUUUUAUUUAUGUACAAAUCAAUCAUUUACAUCAUUUAUAUGAAAAUCGUUUGUUUUUUAUUAUAUCAAUUCUAUUAGCAUUAUCAUCAACAGCAUUUAAUCCAAUAUUAUUUUAUAUAUUUAGUAGAUUUUUUCGACAUAAAUUUAAUAUUAUUCUACGUAGUUUAUGUUCAAUAUGUCGUGUACAUUCAAGACGACAAAAUAAUUAUCCGAUGGUUUAA